CCAGGAGUGACACUACAGGCACUACACGAGACGCGUUCGCCGCGGAGAAGACUUCGGCGAGGACCCCACUGCUGCGAGUUCACCUCCACGCCGCGGACACUCUGAGCAGAACAUGCCGCCCAGCAUGCAGAUCACGCCCCCGGUCGGCGACCCGGCCCAGGGCCAGCCGCAGGGCCAGCCGCAGGGCCAGGCGCAGGGCCAGGACGGCGUCGUGGCCGAGUUCUACCGCGGCGCCAACGUCUUCAUGACGGGCGCCACCGGCUUCAUGGGCAAGGUGCUGCUGGAGAAGCUGCUGCGCUCGUGCCCGGACCUCGGCACCGUCUACGUCCUCAUCCGGCCCAAGAAGAACCAGAUGCCGGAGCAGCGCAUGGAGGCCGUCUUCGACUGCCCGCUGUUCCAGAGGCUGCGCGAGGAGCGUCCCAAGUUCCGGCACCAGGUGGUCGCCGUGGCCGGGGACUGCUCGCAGCCGGACCUGGGGCUGUCCAAGGAGGACCGUGCCACCCUCAUCGACAAGGCCAACGUCAUCUUCCACUGCGCCGCCACCGUCCGCUUCGACGAGGCCCUCGACGUGGCCGUCAACAUCAACGUGCGCGGCACCCGCUGCGUCCUGGACCUCGCCAGGGAGGCCAAGAACCUCAAGGUGGUGAUGCACGUGUCCACGGCCUACGCCAACUGCCCGCGCUCGGACAUCGACGAGGUGCUGUACGACGUGCCGCUGGACUGCGACCGCGUGGCCCAGAUCGUCGAGGCGGCUGACGAGAAGCUCCUGGAACGCAUCACGCCCUCCCUGAUCGACGUGUGGCCCAACUCAUACGCCUUCACCAAGGCCCUGGGCGAGAACGUCGUCAAGACCCACGGCGCCGGCUUGCCCAUCGGCGUCUUCAGGCCGGCCAUCGUCGUCAACUCCGCCCACGAGCCCAUGCCGGGCUGGAUCGACAACCUGUACGGCCCCGGCGGCGUGGUGCUGGCCUCCGGCAGCGGCAUCAUGCACACGCUCAACGCGGGCAAGAAGUGCAUCGCCGACCUGGUGCCCGUCGACAUGGCCGUCAACGCCCUGCUCGUCGCCGCCUGGGAGACGGCCACCGCGAGCACCGAGGUGCGGAGCUCGCAGCCCGGCAAGGUGCCCAUCUACAACUACGUCUCGUCCGUGGAGAACAGGCUGACCUGGGGCACCUUCAUGGCGCUCACGUCCAAGUGGGGCUGGAUCACGCCCGCGCAGCAGGCCAUCUACCCCUACUCGCUGAUCCUGUGCGACUGGCGGAUCACCCACACCAUCCUCACCUACCUCCUGCACUUCCUGCCCGCCCUGUUCGUCGACAUCGUCUGCAUGCUCACCGGGAGCAAGUUCAGGAUGAUCAAGAUCUACAAGAAGAUCCACAAGUUCUCCGACGUGAUCGCCUACUUCGCGACCAGGGAGUGGAGCUUCCACAACGGCAACGUCCGCUCCAUGUGGCAGCGGCUCAGUCCGACGGACCAGAAGGAGUUCUACUUCGACAUCAGUUCGCUGGACUGGGACUCGUACUUCCACGACUACGUCCUGGGCAUGCGGCUGCACAUGUUCAAGGAGGACCUCAAGAACGUGGAGCAGGCGCGCGCCAAGCACAGGAAGAUGUGGGUGGGCCACGCCGCCGUGCAGAUCGUGACCGCCCUGGUGGUGCUGCGAGUGUGCUGGGCGCUGCUGUCCUGGUUGGUGCCGGGGCUGGGGUCCGUGGGGUCCCUCCUGGGGAUGACCGAGCCCGUCUUGACCGCCGUGCAGGCCAGCAGCUAGUAGCCUCUGCCGCGGCCACCUCGCCACCUCACUGCCCCCAAGGUCAUGCCGAGUCAAGCUCACGGCCAAGAGCACGGAAACCAGUCGGGCUGCGGGGCUGCGGGGCUGCGGGCGCGAAAAAACAACUGAGAUUUCCACCGACAGAGCGCGCCGAUGCCGCUGCGCGCCUAGAGACCACGGUGCGGACGCGGCGCCGCGGCGGCUGGACGGCGGGCCACAUUCAAAACACGUUGACGAGCCCCUCCCCGCUGGGCCAUGCCGGGCCACGCUGGGCCCGCGACGGACAGACGGACCUCGAUUCCGAGAGUCUGGUGCAGUCACAACUCAAUGUAAAUGUCUCUCUGUGUGUAUAUGUAUAAGAAUGUAUGAGUGUAUCUAUGUGUGAGUGUUUUAUGUAUGUGUGAGUGCUGCGUGCGUGCGUUUGUGUGUCACAUCACGAUUUUGAUUGUCAUUCAUCGUGGACCGGCGGCUGUUUUGUAGAGGCAUUGCGCAUCCCGGGGGCGCCACUCGAUGGGAAUGUGGACUAUGACUUGAGACUAGAUUGUCUGACUGUGACUAAUUUCAAUGGUGACUUUUUUGACUUGUCCCUGACAUUUUGACUUGUCCCUAACAUUUUGACUUGUCUCUGACUUUUUGACUUUUCUGCGGACUUUAUAGACUUUUUGGUGCCUUUUUAGACUUUUCUGAAGGCGUAUCGUGGCGUCAACCCCUUGAAUGGAGGCAAUAUCUCUCCGAAAAUGAGAAGAAAUGACUUUUUUGAAUCUAUGAGUGGAGUGACGUUUUGACUUUUAAUGACGUUUUUUAAAUUUAAAAAUGACUUGUUCGGGCCUCGGACAGUGACUUUUGAAAGUGGCGCCCCCCUCAGCGCAUCCUCAGCGUCCUUGAUGUGCUUCCAAACGGAUUAGCAUUUAGCAGCACCUUGGCGACGCAUGGAGAUGUUGUGUAAAUUAUUUGAGUGUAAAUACAUAGCAAAUUUGUGGAGAAAACGGGUGUCACAAGACAGCAUUCAGUCCACGUCAAAGUCACAUUCAUAUUUUUCGUUCUCAUUGUUCCCAUAAAACAAGACAGGGUUGUCACUGUUACUAGUUUUGGCAUUUUGUAAAUAAGACCCGGUGUAAUAUAUUAAAAUAAAUUACAAAAAUUAUUCAAACCUGA